AUGGUGAACACAUUGCCAAGGUAUAUGGUGUUGAAAUCAAGGUACAAUGCCAAAUACUUGAGCUACGUAAAGGAAGAUGUGCAGAUUCAUGGGUUUCUCAAGUUCUCCGGUGAUGAGGUCGUGAGUCUGUAUUCAAAGUUCCAUGUGGAGAUGGCAAAGGGCGGGAACGGACUGGUGCACAUAAGAUGCUGCUACAACAAUAAAUACUGGGUCAGGUGGUCGGAAAACCACUAUUGGAUUGUUGCUGGAGCGAAUGAACCCGAGGAAGACCAAUCCAAAUGGUCUUGCACCUUGUUCGAGCCCGUCUACGUAGACAAUAAGGAUCCCGCUCAAGGGGUCCGAUUUCGACACGUCCAGCUCGGGCACUAUGCAUGCUUAUGGAGGGUGGCCCCGCCAAAAGACUCGUGCUUGUUUGCAGGAUCUGCGGCGCCUGACAAGGAUUUGUGCGACAUCUGCUUAAUCGUUGAUUGGGAAACGCUGUUGGUAUUGCCCAAGCAUGUCUCCUUCAAGGGCGACAAUGGGAAAUACCUGAGCGCCCGCACGUUUAAGCGCCUCCCUUUCUUGCAAUUCUCAUCCACUGACGUUGGAGAAUCCAGUGUGGGGAACGAGGUGUUCUCUAACGGGGAUGGGAGUGUUCGGAUCAAAUCCAAUCACUUUGGAAAGUUCUGGAGGCGCAGCCCUAACUGGAUCUGGGCCGACUCCAAUCUUGAUGGUAACGAAAGCAACAAGGACAUGUUGUUUUGGCCUAUUAAGCUUAAUGACAACAAGGUUGCUCUCCGCAACUUGGGCAAUGAUAAUUUCUGCUUUAGACUGACCACGGACGGGUUUGAGUCCUGUCUCAAUGCUGGCCGCCCUAGUAUCGUCAAAGAGGCGCAAAUGGAGGUGGAAGAGCUUGUUGUGUCUAGGAGCAUUUACAACGUUAACUUUCGCCUCCUUGACUCCCGGAUCUAUAGCCAAAGAGUUGUCUCCAUGGCCACCGGAGAUGCCGUUAACCGAACUCAAGAAGAAAACACAAUAGACUUGAGGCUCUCGUACAAAGACAGCCGGAGCAGUACUUGGAAUUCUAGCGUUUCAAUGAAGUUGGGCCUCUCGACCAAAGUACAAACUGGAGUUCCUUUGAUUGCAAAAGGAGAGAUUGAAAUAUCGACUGAAUUCGCGACAGAAUUCCAGUGGGGGGAAACCAACACCUCCGAAAGUGAAGUAGAGACUGUGUACAGGGUUGUUGUGCCCCCAAUGUCUAUGGUGAAAGUGAGUCUCAUGGCGACUAGGGGCUCAUGCGAUGUUCCAUUCUCCUACACUCAGCGGGAUACGCUUAUUAACGGCACAACUGUUACCCAGACCAUGGACGAUGGCGUUUACACUGGCGUCAAUUCCUACAACUUCAAGUAUGAGACCAUACAAGAAAGCCUGUGA